AUGCCUCCAAGAGCCCAAGCCCAAGGACCAAGCCCAAGGACCAAGCCCAAGAGCCCAAGCCCAAGGACCAAGCCCAAGGACCAAGCCCAAGGACCAAGCCCAAGGACCAAGCCCAAGAGCCCAAGCCCAAGGACCAAGCCCAAGGACCAAGCCCAAGAGCCCAAGCCCAAGGACCAAGCCCAAGAGCCCAAGCCCAAGGACCAAGCCCAAGGACCAAGCCCAAGGACCAAGCCCAAGAGCCCAAGCCCAAGGACCAAGCCCAAGGACCAAGCCCAAGGACCAAGCCCAAGAGCCCAAGCCCAAGGACCAAGCCCAAGGACCAAGCCCAAGGACCAAGCCCAAGGACCAAGCCCAAGAGCCCAAGCCCAAGGACCAAGCCCAAGGACCAAGCCCAAGAGCCCAAGCCCAAGGACCAAGCCCAAGGACCAAGCCCAAGAGCCCAAGCCCAAGGACCAAGCCCAAGGACCAAGCCAAGGACCAAGCCCAAGAGCCCAAGCCCAAGGACCAAGCCCAAGGACCAAGUCCAAGAGCCGAAGCCCAAGGACCAAGCCCAAGGACCAAGGCCAAGGACCGAGCCCAAGGACCAAGCCCAAGGACCAAGUCCAAGAGCCGAAGCCCAAGGACCAAGCCCAAGGACCAAGCCCAAGGACCGAGCCCAAGGACCAAGCCCAAGAGCCCAAACCCAAGGACCAAGCCCAAGGACUAAGCCCAAGAGCCCAAGCCCAAGGACCAAGGCCAAGGACCAAGCCCAAGAGCCCAAGCCCAAGGACCAAGGCCAAGGACCAAGCCCAAGGACCAAGCCCAAGGACCAAGGCCAAGGACCAAGCCCAAGGACCAAGCCCAAGGACCAAGCCCAAGGACCAAGCCCAAGAGCCCAAGCCCAAGGACCAAGCCCAAGAGCCCAAGCCCAAGGACCAAGCCCAAGCCCAAGGUCCAAGCCCAAGGACCAAGCCCAAGGACCAAGCCCAAGGACCAAGAGCCCAAGCCCAAGGUCCAAGCCCAAGGACCAAGCCCAAGGACCAAGCCCAAGGACCAAGCCCAAGGACCAAGCCCAAGAGCCCAAGCCCAAGGUCCAAGCCCAAGGACCAAGUCCAAGGACCAAGCCCAAGGACCAAGCCCAAGGACCAAGCCCAAAGUCCAAGCCCAAGGACCAAGCCCAAGAGCCCAAGCCCAAGGACCAAGCCCAAGGACCAAGGCCAAGGACCAAGCCCAAGAGCCCAAGCCCAAGGACCAAGCCCAAGGACCAAGGCCAAGGACCAAGCCCAAGGACCAAGCCCAAGGACCAAGCCCAAGGACCGAGCCCAAGGACCAAGCCCAAGAGCCCAAACCCAAGGACCAAGCCCAAGGACUAAGCCCAAGAGCCCAAGCCCAAGGACCAAGGCCAAGGACCAAGCCCAAGGACCAAGCCCAAGAGCCCAAGCCCAAGGACCAAGGCCAAGGACCAAGCCCAAGGACCAAGCCCAAGGACCAAGGCCAAGGACCAAGCCCAAGGACCAAGCCCAAGGACCAAGCCCAAGGACCAAGCCCUAG